AUGCCAAACUGUUUUGAAAGAUUUCGGUAUAUAAAAAAAGAUAAGAAAACAGAAGACAAUUGUAACUCAGACAAUUGCCAUGUCGAAAAUUCAAAUUCCUCUUCCGUUACCGGAAACGUUCCAGAAUUGCUAAUAGGUAAUGCAAAACUAUUAGAAGAACGUCUCAAACGUUACGAAGAUGAAAAUGAACAAAUUAGUAGUACAACAACAUUAAUAGAUAGAGUUACAUAUUUACGAAAAAACAGAGAAAAUGAUGUUUCAAAGGCAAUUGCUAAUGUUGAAGAUUCGAUGAACGUUGAUCUCUGUUUCGUUUUAGAUUGUACAUCUUCUAUGCUUGGUCAUAUCCAAGCAGCGAAAGAUCAUAUAUUAAAAGUGGCUAAUUACGUUAACAGUAAUAAUUCAAAUAUCAAAUUUUGGGUUGGCUUCUGUGGAUAUCGAGAUCAUAAUGAUCAAGAUCGUUUACAAAUUUUUGAUUUUACUAACUCUAUCAAGAAAUUUGAAACAUAUAUAACUAAUAAAGUGGAGGCUAAAGGUGGUGAAGAUUUACCAGAAGAUGUUCUAGGUGGCCUUAGCGCAGCAAUAACAAUGAUGACCUGGAGCAACGCCACUCGUAUACUUAUUCAUAUCGGUGAUGCACCACCACAUGGUCGUUGUUUUACUGAAGGAGUAAACUUACCAAACAAAUAUGAUAGAUACCCAAAUGGAGAUCCAUAUGGUCUGACUGCUAAAAGUGUACUAAAAGAAAUGCAAUCAAAAAAUAUUUUAUACCAUUUUGGAAUGAUUAAUAAUACUACUGAUGUUAUGAUUAACAUAUUUCGUGAAAUAAUUGGAGAAUUUACUGUAUUUGAUCUCAAGACUACAGGAAGUAAUCCAUCGAUAUUAGUUGAUAAAUUCUGCAAGGCUACUUCAUCCGCCAUUUUUUCAUCAGUUACAUUAACCACUACUUUAAGAAACUCGAAAAGUAUACACAAUUUACAACUUAAAAAACUUGAAAUCAAUCCACUCGAACCUGAUUGGACUACUCUUCCAGAGAAGAUAGGAGAAAUUCUAUGUUAUGUUCCACCUGAAACUCUGAAUGAAGUUAAAGAUGAAUUUUAUUUUAUUAAUUCAAACUUUACAGUUCAAAACAUAUCAUUUAAGCUUGCACCACAACCAUUCUCUGUUGGUGCUGAACGAUAUGCAUUUUUUGCACUUGAUGCUAAACUUGGACAAGAUAAAAAAUUAGUGAUAAAAAAAUAUCACGAUAUUAAAGCAAGUUCAAUGGAACAGUAUUUAGAAUCAGUGGAAAUCUUUAGUAUUGCAUAUUUUCUUUCAAACAAAUUCAAUAUAGCAGCCAAACGAGUUGGUGUUAAUAAGAAGGUUACAUUUAUUGAUGUAAAAGUAUUAUGUGAUAAGACAGAUUUCAAUACUUAUUACACAGUAGAAAAAUAUAUCAAUGAUAUAGAGUUUAAAAGAUUUAAUGUGAAUAGUGGUAUAAUUACAGAAUUUCAUUCUAUUCUUGAAGCAUUUGCUCAUUUCACCUAUCAAUACACUAAAGGGUAUUUAGUGGUUUAUGAUUUACAAGGAGGUAAUCUUCAUGAUGAGUUUUUAUUAACAGAUCCAGCCAUACAUUGCAUUGAUUUAUUAAGAUUUGGAACAACGAAUCUUGGAAAGAAUGGAAUUCAGAAAUGUUUUUUGGCAAAUCAUAAAUGUAAUAAUAUUUGUAAAAAGUUAAAGUUAAAUGAGGUUAAUUCGGAAAGAAAAAAAGAUGGAAAUCUUUUUAGGAAAAUCUUAAAUGCAUUAAUCUGUGCAAGCAAAUAA